AUGGAGUUGCGACAUCUCGCAGGGCAAGUGGGUGGCGGACAGCGCGCUACCGCUCUACACGGGCAGCUCGUGUCCCUACAUCCGCACAUCGCAGAACUGCCUCAAGCAGGGCCGCCCGGACAUGUCCCCAAGGGGUGCUCUGUGAAGCGCGUGUCGCCGCGGAGCUUGGCGGAGCUGCUCCGCGGCAAGCUGGUGGUGGUGUUCGGCGACUCGCUCUCCAAGAACUUCGCCGCGUCGCUGCAGUGCAUGCUGUACGCCGCCGACUCUGCCGCCGCUAAGUCGUACCGUCUGGCGCAAAACAAAAGUGCCGAGUGGGGCGUCGAGUUCCCGACGUACAAGAUCCGGUUCGUGUCCGUCUUCUCCAACUGGCUCAACAAUGCCUCCAGCCUGCCCGAUAAGAACGGCAUCGAGCAGCACCGCAUCGACUUGGACGGCCUGGAUCAGCGCAUCAAGGACGUGCUGCCCAUCGCUGACAUCGUCAUUUUCCAGGCGACGGCGUGGUGGUUGCCGCCCAUCAACCGGUGGUACGUGGGCGGCGCGGAGGUGACGAUGAAGGCAACGGCAGCGUACGAGCGCGGACUGACGACGCUGCGGGACUACGUGGCGGACAGCAGCCGCCGCAGCAGCGGCAAGUUCAAGGGGCGCGCGGUGGUGAUGGGCGUGUCGCCGUCGCACUACAACCUGCCCGUGAGGGGCGUGAAGAAGGGCAAGUGCAACGUCACCUCCAUGCUCACCAGCGCGCAGACGGCGACUGUUCGAGAUGGAGACGGCGCAACGAGUGAGCUGCGGGCCAUCCAGCAGCGUGUGCUGGGGGGGUCAGCGGUGGCAUACGUGGAUGUGAAGCCCAUGAGCGACUGGCGCCCCGACGCACACAUUCAAAACUGGAGCGUCAAAGGUGGAGCACCAGAUACAAAGAAGAAUGACUGCCUUCAUUGGUGUGAAGGAGGAGUUACUGAUGCAUGGGUGGAAAUGCUCUUCAACAAGCUGCGAUAA